AUGGGUACGCAUCUCCGGAAUUUAAAAAAGAAAACAAAGGGCCUCGGCGGAAAAGGUAAACUAACUGGCAAAUUGAUCGAUGAACUGUCAAUUUAUUAUGGUCUAGCGAUACGCAGAAAUCAUGAAUCUGUAGAGAAAAUGAGGACUGCGAUCUACGCAACGCUAGAUCACAAAUUAUCAACAGAUGCCAAGCCCAAGCACGAUCACUGCCCGAGCGGAGAAAAUUCGUGGUGCUCGUGGCAAAAGGCCAAGGCCACUGGAACUUUGGACGAAUAUACACAUAAACCACCUUUACAUGAAGAAGUAUACAAGGCUAUAACUCCAAUUUAUGAAAAGUUAACCAGUGAUGACCUACUCACUCGUUGCAUAGGCGGCUUCACUCAAAACAGUAAUGAGAGUUUCAACGCUACAGUAUGGUCAAUGGCCCCGAAAAUGUCAUCCAGUGGCAAAAAUGUACUUCACACAGCUGUAUAUAUUGCUGCAGGUACUUAUAAUGAUGGCCUCACAAGUGCCAUGAGAGUCAUGCAGAACAUAGGCAUCAAAAUUGGGCCGAACUGCUACAAUUACUGUCAAGAGACAGAUCAAAACCGCAUCAAAUUAUCCGAUCGUUCGCUCUCAGAUGCUGCAAGAAGGUCUCGAAUCGAACAGAAGGUAUCCAGAAAGGAAGAAGAUGAGUUUCACGUGUCCAUGGAAGGUAAAAUGUACGGCGCAGGCAUCGCAGACUGAAGGUAUAACAAAAUUUUCAGCACGUAAAACUUUAAACGCGUUUUUCUCGAAACUGCAUUUUUCAAAUCGGGCGACGAUGGUACUCGGAGACUAUCGCACGUAUCCACUUGAAAUUUUAACUGUAGCUUCA